AUGCGAUUGACAGUUUGGUUGUGGAAGAAUUUAAAUAUUCCGGAAUGGAAUCGUCGUGUUUGGGAAAUCGGAUAUCGUGGGCCUCCUCUUCCAAAGCUGAAAAUAAAAGGCAAACCGGAUUAUCCGAUUAGUAGCAAUGCCAUCAGACAAUUACAGGAUAAAAUGAAACUGGAAUAUGAAGUAAUGAAGUGCCUUGCAACACCUUACCUGACCAAAGAGAUGGAACAUGAAUAUAUUAAAAAAUAUGGUACGUUUGCGGAACAGCAGGAAAAAGAGCUUUUAGAAACGAAACAGUGUCGUAUGCCCGGGAAACCUAAAAAGAGAAUUGUUGGAUGCGGUAAAGUGUUGAAAGCGAGAGCGAAUGUUGGUAAUCUAUUGCAUGAACAUCGAACUAUCGAAAAUAGUUUGAACGAGCUAAUUGUUAGGCAACGUUGGGAUUGA